GACCCUGGAUCAAUUCCGUCUGUGGAGCGCUUUGAUGAUGCAGAUUUUCACGAGCUAGUUCGGUGCCGGGCCGACGACAACACGGAGUGCGCGAUAUGCUUGGCAAACAUGUUGCCACACGAGGACGCGAUGCAGCUUCCCUGUGCCGCGCGGCACGUCUUCCACGAAGAGUGCGUUCGAUCGUGGUUGUCAAGGAAUGUUACCUGCCCACUGUGUCGCGUAGACGUUCGUGCCUUGGUCAGACGCCAGAGCAGAUCCCAGGCAUCUGCACCACCAACUCAUGGGGAUGAAUCUCAAAAUUCCCCUCGAGCCUUCGGCUACACCCGAGACGGGGGAGUCAUUCUGCGAUAUGAUCCAAGGAAGUGCUUCGUUGGAUCAGAAAGCGUGAUGUGCGUAGGCCGCCGCCAGAGCUACCACGGCGCUGCGUUAAAAGAUGGGAAGCCGCCAGAUGAGACGGACAAUGCCAAUUAUUUUUGCGAGUAUGCCUACCUUUAUCACCAGAUGGACAUGCUGGAGGAUGCCCAUCGCACGGGAUCUUACUUUGAUGCAGUUAUGCGCAAUCGUGAAAACUUCAAGGACAAGGUAGUGCUGGAUGUAGGGGCAGGAACUUGCAUCCUGUCCAUCUUCGCAGCGAAGGCAGGAGCUAAACAAGUCUUUGCAGUCGAGGCCACAGACAUGGCAGUCCGGAGUCGCAAAAUAGUGGAAGCACAAGGCUUGAGCCAUAUCAUCAAAGUGGUGCAGGGCACUGUCGAGACAGUGACGCUGCCAUGCAUGGUGGAUGUCAUCAUCAGCGAAUGGAUGGGAUAUUUCCUACUGAGAGAAAGUAUGCUGGACAGCGUACUCGUUGCCCGCGACCGGUUUCUGAAGCCAGGUGGUGCCCUGUUCCCUUCUCAUGCCACGCUUUUCCUGGCGCCGGUUGGUCCCUUCAAAACUUGCCGCGAGAAGCAGCAGACCUUUGAUGGCGAGCAGCAGCACUUUGAGGACUUCAACGGUUCGAUGAUGCAGUGGUAUGGGACAGAUUUUUCGUGCAUGCGUGAUGAGUUCUUGGCAGAGCAGCGCAUGUAUUACCUGCAGACAGGUAUGUUUGUCAACCUCUCGCCGAAACAACUGGCUGGAACCGCCAGCCCUGUGCUGGAGAUUGAUCUUCUAAAGAUCACCAUACAGGAACUGCAGGCAGCCAGGCCUCUGACGUGCACAAUGAGGGUCACAAAAGAUGGGCAACUGGAUGGUUUCACAGGGUACUUCGACGUUGCAUUCCGCGGUUCCCCUGAGAGCCCAGUGAAGCAGGAGGUUAUCCUGACGACGGCACCCACGACCUCUACGCACACACAUUGGGGGCAGCAGCUUUUUGGCUUCUUUCCUGCUCUUCAAGUCAGGCGUGGUGACGCGCUGGAGCCUUGGUAG